CAUAAACAAACAAACUCCCUUCACUUCACAGUUUGAUAAAUCAUACAUAGCAAACUAACCCACAACAGCAGAGAGAUAGAGAUUUUGUUUUCAGUUUUAUUGAGAGAUGGCAGAGAAGACCCAACAGACUUAUCCUGCAGCCCCAGCAAAUGGAUACACAAGAAGUGAUGGAGAAUCUUUGGUCUCCGAAGAUGAGCUGAAACGCAAGAAGAGAAUCAAGUUGUUUACCUACAUUGGUAUUUUCAUUGUGUUUCAGAUCAUAGUGAUGACUGUAUUUGGUCUUACCGUGAUGAAAGUCAAGACCCCCAAGGCUAGAUUGGGCGAAAUCAGUGUCCAAACACUGAACUCUGUCCCUGCAACACCUUCAUUUGAUGCAAAGUUCACAACCCAGAUUAGGAUCAAGAACACAAAUUGGGGUCCAUAUAAGUUUGAUGCAGGUACUGCGACAUUCUUGUACCAAGGUGUGACUAUUGGGCAGGUUGCUAUUCCUAAGAGCAAGGCUGGAAUGCGUUCCACCAAGAAGAUCAAUGUCGAAGUCAGUGUGGAUACUAAUGCUUUGCCAAGCAGUUCUACACUUGGAAGUGAAUUGAACAGUGGGGUGCUGACACUGACCAGCCAGGUUCAAUUGAAAGGAAAAGUCGAAUUGAUGCUCAUAAUGAAGAAGAACAAGAAUGCUGCAAUGGACUGCACCAUAGCAUUUGAUUUGUCCUCAAAGACUGUCAAAACUUUACAUUGCAAAUGAUCACGUUGGGAGAUGAUCAAAGAUUAGUUCUUGAUCUGUUAUUGUACAGCUAGUUAUUCUUUGUUCUUUGUGUGGAGCUUGGAUUUGUUGAAGAGUUAGAAAAUUAUAUUGGGAUUUAUUUGUUUUCUUUACCAUUGAUUUGCCAUGGUGUUCUUCUUUUCAGUUUUAUUGGAUUGAAUAUAGAUGUGGAAGCUUAGUCGCAGGUCUA